AUGUCCGAAGAAACGAAGAAGAAGCUAUCUUUACCAGUGGAGCAUUCAGAAACUCUAAACAUUAACACGUUUGGGACAGAUAAAUAUGCUAAGAAAUUGUGUGAAUCUGUAACGGUAAAAGUAGAGGUAGCAGAUCAGGUAGUACUAGUAAAUGCAUUAGCUUAUCCUACCAUUUGCUCGCCAAUUUCAGCUUGCGUUACAGUUAGCGAUUAUCCGCAUUUGCGCAGCCUACAUUUUGCCGACAGCGUGGAGGCUUCUGAAAAGCAUAUUGAUUUAUUGAUUGGUGCUGAUUACUACUUUGAAUUCAUUACAGGGGACAUCAUUAAGGGUAGUUCAGGUCCUGUAGCUGUAAAGAGUAAGUUGGGGUGGCUUUUGUCAGGGCCUUAUGAGGCUCCAAAUGUAUCUACUGCAAGUACUAAUCUGAAUUGUCAUCUUGUUUUAGACAGAAGCCUUCGGAAAGUUAUUAUUUCAGAUUUAGAGGUAGGCCAAGAGAAGAAAUCAGCUGAUACAAAGGAGAUUACAGAGUCACUGAGAGAGUUUUGGAGACAUGAAUCGUUAGGUUUACCCGAAAUUGUUCAAAAUGAAACUGAAACACCGGACGAAUGCAGUGCAGCGGUCGAGUCCAAGGGUGAGAAAUUCAACAUAAAAUUCAACGGAACAAGGUAUGAGGUAGGUCUCCCUUGGAGACACGAUUUAUCUAACGAGCCUUUGUCAGAUAAUUACGAGUUGUGUUUUAAACGAUUAAAUUCAUUGCAUUCAAGAUUGAAAUCUGAUCCUACACUUUUAAAUGAGUAUAAUGCAAUUUUUCAAGAGCAGUUGCAAAAGGGGAUAAUUGAGCGAGUUGAACACAAUAACAACAAUCAGAGUAAAUUACACUAUUUGUGUCACCAUGGUGUGGUAAGAAAGGAUCAUGAUACCACUAAAUUACGUAUAGUGUUUGACGGUAGUCAAAAAUCAGGUCCUGAACAAUUAUCUUUGAAUGACACGUUGUUGCUAGGAGAAAAUUUCAUGCCUCCUUUGUUUGACAUACUAAUCUGUUUUCGCGCCCAUGCAAUAGCAUUAACUGCCGAUAUUGAGAAGGCGUUUUUGCAAAUAGAGAUCAAAGAGUCAGAUCGUGAUUCUUUGCGCUUUUUGUGGUUUGACGAUAUAACACGUUCAAACCCGUCGGUAGUUGAGUUCCGCUGGUGCCGCCUAGCCUUUGGCCUCAAACCUUCGCCUUCGAUUUUAGGGGCCACGAUUAAACAACAUAUUUCAUCAUUUGAUGAUGAAUGCCCGGAGGUGGUUAAUGUUUUGAGCCAUCUAUAUGCCGACGACCUUUCGUGUAGUGUUAAUACUAGAGAAGAGGCAUUUCAUUUAUACAAGAAAUCAAAAGAAAUUCUAGCUAAGGGCGGCUUCAACUUACGUAAGUGGAAAACAAACGACAAGGCACUCUUAGCACGUAUCCAAGCGGUCGAAGGCUCUAACGUUGGGGCAAAUGAAAAUAACAGUGAGCCUCAAGUUGCAGAGGACGAUCAGUCAUAUAGCAAAUUUAGUAUGGGGCUUCCCACCACGGACCACACAACUAAAAUAUUGGGGGUAAACUGGCGACCUGAGGCAGAUGAGUUGUUUUUCGAUUUACACCAAGUACACCAAUUUGCUAAGCAAUUGCCGCCAACGAAACGCUCCUUAUUGAAGGUCGCCGCAAAAAUAUUCGAUCCUCUAGGGUGUCUUAGUUUGUUCACAAUAAAACUAAAGGUUUUCUUUCAGGAGUUGUGCAUCGCGAAAGUUCCCUGGGACGAACCGUUAUUAGGCGACAACCUUAAGCGUUACGACACAUUAAUUUCAGAUAUCAGUGGCAUUAAGGGUAUCACAUUACCACGUAGUUUUGCGAAGCUAGGGCAGAGGGUCAAAGCAGUCGAAAUCCAUGCCUUUUCAGACGCUAGCGAGCGGGCCUAUGCUAGUGUUGUAUAUUUACGCGUUUUGUAUGAAUCGGGGGAGGUCGAAAUUCAAUUUGUUUCUUCGAAAGCCAAGGUAUCCCCCAUCAAGAAACAAAGUAUCCCUCGCCUUGAGCUAUUAGGGGCAACACUUAUGGGCCGUCUUGUUAAUUCUGUGCGUAACGUUUUGCAAGAAGAGUUUCCAACUACGCCAUUAAAAACAUUCUAUUGGGUUGAUUCCAUGGCCACGCUAUGCUGGAUUAAGAACAAGAAGGUGUGGAAACAAUUUAUUCGCCAUCGCAUCAAUGACAUUUUAGAUGUUUCCAAUAGGGAGGAAUGGUUUUACUGCCCUGGACCCCAGAAUCCAGCAGAUUUGCCAUCGAGGGGUAAGGUUGGGUCUUCUCUAUCCACUAAUUCUUUCUGGUGGGAGGGUCCUGAGUUCCUCAAGCUCGACCCCAGUGAAUGGCCACAACCCCCAAACGAGUUUACAAGUUCAGAGGCAAUGGAGGAGAAGGUAAAGUAUGAGCCUGAAGUUACCCACGUUAUGGUUAAUUCAGAAGAGCCAGUAUCCUUAAAUCUGGAAAAUGUUUUCGACAUUCGUAAAUACAGUAGCAAAGGCAAGUUGUUAAGAACUCUUUUUUGGGUUUUGCGCUUCGUAGACAAUUUAAAAGCAAGGCUAAGUUGCAAAUCGAUUAACAAGGAAAAUGAAAUAUCGGCAGACGAAACUUGCAGAGCUGAGAUGGUCAUUGUUAAGUCUAUUCAAAACCAAGCAUUUAAGAUAGAAUUGCAGUAUCUUUCUAAAGAUAAUAAGAGUAGAAGUAAGGCGCCGCUGUAUGUAAGCCAAUUCAAUCUUUUUUUGGAUGAGCACGGAGUAUUGAGGUGUAGAUCUAGAGUAAACAAAUCUUCGGUCAUUGAUUCAGGGAAAAAUCCCAUCUUACUUCCCCCAGGUAAUCAUUAUGCCUUCUUAUUAAUUCAAGAGUCGCACAGAAAGGUAUUUCACAAUGGAACACGUGAAACAUUAAAUUUAUUGCGUCAAACGUAUUGGGUUCCACGAGGCAGAGAAAUGGUAAAGAAAUAUGUUCGCAAAUGUCUUUUAUGUAAGAAACUAGAAGGGUUGCCAUUUCGUACAACUUUCAACCCAGAUUUGCCGCAAGCUCGAGUAGACGACGGUCCACCAUUUUCAAAUACUGGUCUUGAUUUCGCAGGGCCCCUUGUCGUCAAGUAUGCAGGAGACACCACUAAAAAGUGUUAUGUUUGUUUAUUCACCUGUAUGUCUACAAGAGCGAUUCACCUUGAAUUAGUAGAGUCAUUAGAGGUUGAUGCGUUUUUUAAAGCAUUCCGAAGAUUUUGCGGUCGUAGAGGGUUACCUUCUACCCUUUGGAGUGAUAAUGCCAAAACAUUUAAGUCAGCAAGUAUAGAAGUUAAGAAGUUACUAAGAUCACCCAGGUUUUACGAGUCCUUGUCUCUGAGAUGUGUUGAGUGGAAAUUUAUAACAGAAAAAAGUCCCUGGGAAGGUGGAGUAUGGGAAAGAUUAAUUAGAAGUGUAAAGAGGUGUAUUAUAAAAAUCAUUGGUCGAGCCCUAUUAGACUUUCACGAAAUGCGUACAAUUCUCGUAGAGGUUGAGGGUGUUAUCAAUUCACGCCCCUUAACUUACGUACACGACGAUACCGAGGGAAUCUCGUACCCAUUGACCCCCUCACAUCUGAUAAACGGGAGAAAUUUGUUGCAUUUGCCUCAAUACAGAUACCUAGAAAUUGUAAGUGUUUAUGAAACUUUAUCUAAACGUGCAAGAUAUAAUAGACUUCUUUUAGGUCAGUUUACGCGUAGAUGGAGAAACGAAUAUUUAUUAGGGUUAAUGGAAGCAUACAGACCCACCAAAUAUCAAUCAAAGCCAAAUGUUGCAGUUGGAGAUGUAGUGUUAUUGAAAGAUGAGAGCAAGAAAAGGAGUUUUUGGAAAAUCUGCCGCAUAGAAGAGCUCAUAGUAGGUAAAGACGAGGUGGUAAGGUCAGCGAUUAUCCGACUAGGAUCAGACGAUGGCAAAAUAG